GUAGUCCGGGUGGGAGGUGUCCAAGGAGCCAGUACAAGAAACUCCUCAACGACUGGCCGGGCAUUAAUGGUCUUAACCACCACUAGGAGCACCUGCGAACAGCGUGGCAGAGUAAACCAGAAGCACUUUUCACCAUGGACCCGAACGCCAGCGGACUCGCCACCAGGUUGGCCGAAGCCGGCCAGUCUCACCUGCUGCAGUUCUGGGAAGAGCUGAGCCCGCAGGAGCAGGGCGACUUCGCCCAGGACCUGCAGAAGAUGGACUUUCAGGAGAUCAACGGCUUCUUCCGGAAGGCCAUGGAGGCGUCGGGCGGCAGCAAAGAGGAGAAGGUGGACGCCCGCAUGGAGCCGGUGCCGCGGGAGGUGCUGGGCAGUGUGACGAGGGACAGGGAGAGUCUGAAGGACUGGGAGGAGGAAGGUCUCCGCUGCAUCUCUCAGAGCAAAGUGGCCGUCCUGCUGCUGGCCGGGGGCCAGGGCACCAGGCUGGGGGUCUCUUACCCCAAAGGCAUGUACGACGUGGGGCUGCCGUCCCACAAGACCCUCUUUCAGAUCCAGGCCGAACGCAUCGUGAAGCUCCAGCAGCUGGCGGAGCAGAAGCACAACAUCCGGUGCUCUCUCCCCUGGUACAUCAUGACCAGCGGUAGGACGAUGGCGUCCACCAAGGAGUACUUCUCGCAACACAACUACUUUGGCUUGAAGAAGGACAACGUCAUCUUCUUCCAGCAGGGCAUGCUGCCCGCCGUGGACUACGAGGGCAAGCUCAUCCUGGAGAGCAAGGGGAAGCUCUCCAUGGCCCCCGACGGGAACGGCGGUCUCUACAGGGCUCUGAGGAACGAGGGCAUCCCGGACGACAUGCAGCGGCGGGGCAUCGAGUUCGUCCACGUGUACUGCGUCGACAACAUCCUGGUCAAAGUCGCGGACCCCUCCUUUAUCGGCUUCUGCGUGAGGAAGGGAGCGGACUGUGGAGCCAAGGUGGUGGAGAAAACCAACCCGACGGAGGCGGUGGGCGUGGUCUGCAAGGUGGACGGGCGUUACCAGGUGGUGGAGUACAGCGAGAUCACCUUGGCAACCGCCGAGCAGCGCAACGCCGACGGCCGCCUGACGUUCAACUCGGGAAACGUGGCCAAUCACUUCUUCAGCUUCUCCUUCCUCAGAGACAUCGUUCAGAAGUACGAGCCGGAGCUGCAGCACCACGUGGCCCAGAAGAAGAUCCCGUACGUGGAUUCGGAGGGUCGGCUCGUCAAACCCGACAAGCCGAACGGGAUUAAAAUGGAAAAGUUCGUCUUCGACAUCUUCCAGUUCGCCAAGACGUUCGUCGUGUACGAGGUUCUCCGUGAAGACGAGUUCUACCCGCUGAAGAACGCCGACGGCCAGGACGCCAAGGACACGCCCACCACGGCCAGACACGCCCUCAUGUCCCUCCACCGCCGCUGGCUGCUCAACGCCGGCGGCCACUUCAUCGACGAGAACGGCCGACACGUGCCCGCCAUCCCCAGCGGCGGCGCCGAGGACAGUUUCACAGAUGAUGGCGGCAGAAACCUGAAGGACGGAACGGACCUGCCAAUCAAAUGUGAGAUCUCCCCGCUGGUGUCCUACGGGGGAGAGGGCCUCGAGGAGCUGGUGAAGGGCCGAGAGUUUCAUCCCACGCUGAUGAUCGACGAGCGCGGCGUCCACGAGCUGGUGACCAACGGCGUCUAGACGAGGAAGACGAGGAAGACGAGGUGACCCAAAGACCGACCUGCCCGCUUCUUUCUGUCUCUCGACAUUUUUUUUUGUUGCUGGGGAGAAACUGUGAUGUCAUCACUGUGCAAUAAUGAUACUAAUAAUAAUAAUAACGACAAAUGUUGGCGCCCACGUGCCAGAUGAAGUUUACCUUUUCAGAGCCAUGUUGUCUCGCCGGGUUCGCGGUUUGUUUUCGAGGAGCUCGGCGAGAGAUGAAGGAACGCUCCGGCCGGAUGAAGCGGUCUGCGGGCGCAUUAUUUAUUGUUGCUUUACGAAACUUAUGUUUAUAUGAACCGAUGGAUCACGAGGCGCGAAGGAGCGUCUGCUCGUUGCACCUGGUGGUCUUUAUACGACCAGCCGCCGAUGAUCGGAAAGACGUUUUUUACUGGGCAUGUAAUCGAAGUACUGGGGGGAGGGGUGUGUGUGGGGGGGGGGGUAUUUAUAGUAUCUGUCUCUCCUAUGCUUGUAAUCAUUGUGGAUGAGAUAUUAUUCAGCUUUAAGAGAUUUUCUAUGAUUUCUAUCUUUAUUAAAGAAAUGUCCGAAUUGGAAAACCUAC